AUGGACACACUGCCCAUCUACCACGGGCGCAUCACGCGGGAGGCCGGGGAGAAGCUGCUGCUGGAGGCGGGCGUGGAUGGCAGCUACCUGCUGCGGGACAGCGAGACCAUCCCGGGAGCCUACUGCCUCUGCGUGCUGCAUCAGGGUUAUGUUUAUACCUACAGAGUGUCCCAGACAGAAACUGGCUCCUGGAGUGCUGAGACAGCGCCCGGGGUCCAGCGGAGGCUCUUUCGGAAAGUGCACAACCUCAUCUCGGCCUUCCAGAAACCCAACCAAGGCAUUGUAACACCCCUGCAGCAUCCAGUCAUCAACCACGUGAAAGCCAAAUACUCCCCAGGGAGGAAUGAAGGCCAUGAUUUCCACCUGCAGCCAUCGUGAGGAUGUUUCCCCAAGUGUGACAUAACCACAGCUUCCAGCAUCUCCUCUAGUCCAUGCUCUAAAACAGAACGAUUUAUAUGAUAGUUAACACAACUCCAUGAGUUUUCUUGUAACAUUUACAGAAAUGUGUAUUUCAUAGAAUUUAUAGGUCAAAAUGUAGAAGUUUAAGUUUCAGAAUACUUCGAAUUUGGAGUAAGGUUUUUUUCUGUUUGUUUGUUUGUUUCCUAAGAGAGGACAAAAAAGGAUGGACAUAAUAUUUUCCCCCCCUUUGUAAUGUCAAGUAAAAAAUAUUUUUCCCUUUCAGAUUAGUUCUUAAUUAAUAAUUUGUUUCUAAUUUUACAUUGCUGAACUUUGGAGUCUACUUUGCUUUGUUCUGAUUGGCAUUUAUGCAGAACUGGGCAAGUCCCCUUUUAUAGCCUUAGGAAAAUUGUUUACAUUAAAGUGUCCUUGCCUUGGGUGGGCUGUGUGUCUGUCAUUCAUACAGUUCCUAAAGAUAUUCCAGAAGUGACACUGUGAGGAUCCCCACUAACUGCUUUCCCAUCACACCAGGCGUUCUGCCCUGUAACAAAAUCUGUAGCUUGCACAAAUGAUCAAAAGCAUAAGCAAUGCAGACUAAGAACACCCAGUGAAGUGGAAAGCCUGCUUUUUUUGCUUUUAGGUGUUCUCUGUACUUGAAACAAGCCACCUUUGCAUACAAUUUAAAAAGAUAAAUUAUUUUUCAUGACAGUUUCUCUGCUUUUCUUUUCCUAUGCGUGUACUUCCAGUGCUGCUGCUGGGCUCCUGGAGGGGAGUUGAAUCUACAGGACUUGUCAGCUGUGCAGGGUUAGUGGGCAACACGUUGCUAAGUUGUGACAAUUUCAGUUCAUGACUCAGUUUCUGUCUAAUUGAAGGCCAAGUUUCAUUUGCAGUGAAAUGUCCUAUUUUUACACUCUAUGUACGUGUUGCUCUGCGCCGCCUUGGUACGUGUGCUUGUUGGUUGAAACAGGUCUUAACACAGUGCCAUACAGUGGCAGAUCCAGCAUGAUUUCCUCUUUAUUCAAAUAUUUAAAGGCUGUUUUUUUAAUUGUUACAUAACUCAGCAAACACACUGGCUGCUUUGCUGUCACUUGUGCCCGUUGAAUCUUUCCCUCCUCCUUUCUGCCUCAAGGGUUACACAGCCUGUUGUGAGCCCGUGGCAUCUGGUCCCUGGCUGUCCCUCUCCAGCUCUGUGCUCCUGCAAACCAUCCUUCCUCAAAGCCAACCAGCUGCUGGGUGCUCUCAGUAUGUGUGUGUGGCCCCAGCCUUCCUGGGGAGCCUUUUUCCUUUCCAAGUGCUGGGUCUAAACCCCAGGCUUACCUGGCCUCUCCUGGGAGCAGGAACAAGUGUACUUGGAAACAGUCCCUGACAGAUGAUUGCAGGGAUAAAUGUAGUGGGGAGAACUUUGCCCAAGGGUUGUUUCCUAUGGAAAUGUCCUAUUGGCUUCAAGCAGAGGCUGAGGUUGCAUGUGCAAAACCUGAGGCACACAAGCAGCAGCCGCUCACCCGCUUUUUGCGGUGCAGUGAGCUGAGGAUAACUUGUUUGACUAAGGCUGGCUGCAAAAGUGCAUUGUUCUUCUAAAAAAUACAUAAAAUAGGCCAGAAGGUGCCAUUUCUGUUUAAAGCUGAGAAUGUUGUUUCAGUUUCUGAUGUAAAUUAUUAAGACAGAGGUUGUGUUGUUUCUUUUGGAUACCCAAGAGUAUGGAAUUGCUGUAGGCUUAAACAAGGUGGAAACAGAGAGAAGCUGAUGAUGCCUGUGAGACAAGGAGUCAGUGUUUGGUUAUAGGAACAGUAAGAUGGAAAUUAUAUAGAUUUCAUACAAUGACAGGUGUGAAGAGCUACAGAUUCUUUUAGAGAGCAGCAGCUGCAUUUUGUGGGCAUAAAUGCCCAGAUGAUCACCUGCUUCUUCCUUCCUACUGUCCCUUCUGGACUGCAGCCCCACUGGGACUCAGCCCCUUGCAGCUGCU